AUGCCGGUGCGCGAGACUGAACUGCAGCCCGAUCAGCGGCAGGGCUCUGAAAGCUCUGGUACUAGCAGAAUUUCGCAAGCGACGGUUCGCGAGAACGAGACACAACGUCCCAGGACCAACUCUGCUUCCUCCAGAGGUCGCGGUGGUGGCCCAGUCCCAGGUACCCUGAGAACGGAUCCGCCUGAAUCUUCAAAGGCUCCAAAGAUCGACUGGACGAGCUCCCUCUGGUCUUGGAGCUCUCCAGAGACCUCUCCCAUUGAGCAGCGCAAGACGCCCGGUUUCGGCAAACAUCGAAAAGGGCUGGGUGCGUUAGGUCCCGAGGAUGAUACAACCCAAUCGACUUCGUCGAGCCCACGACCCCAGCCUAUCAAUCCGCCUCGCAUUGUGAAUGACGAUCUGGAAUCGAUUGCCCCCUGGGUGAUUACGGGUGGGACGGAAGGUCGUGGUACAUUCUUCAAUGACGUUUCCGAGCACGAAGCCUCGCCCGCAUCGCCCACUUUCCACACCUUGCAGCGCCCGCCAACCUCACAUACAAUUUCCAGCGAGCCGGCGGAGGUGGAUGACAAUGGCGAAUACAGACGGCCCUCGGUUGCAAGUGCAACUACUGUAAGUAGUCAAGGAUCGAAAUCCAGUGGCAAGCGUCGAAAGAAGCUUCAGGGAUUCUUUGGCGACGAUUACACUUCACCAGGGGACCUUCCCGCGGCAGACAGUGGCAAGCGCCACUCAGUCAGUAAGCACCUGGGACCUGUCGAUCAGCUCAAGGCACGGGAAAGAGCAAAUUCGGAUGGCGGAGGGCGGAACAUGGGUGACAACUCGGAGGCCGCAUCACAACGUAUGUCCCGCCAGCGAACGGAAACACCUUUACCCUCAAGGGAUAUCACCCCAUGGGUUUACCAAAGCUUCAAAGACAUCCCGCAAUACGGCGAGGCACCCGUGCGUCAGGUGCCCAUCGGACCGGACGGAAACCGUGCUGGCCCCCCGAACGAUGCUCCCCCUUCCGGGGAUUACACUCAAAGACCACACAAAAAUGGUCACCGGCAUUCUCGCAGUAAAGAAGAAAAACCGACUGUUGCGGGCGAUCUAGCUGGUUACAACCUAGCUGGGUAUCACCGUCCGUCAACCGGCCGAGACGACUUUAAUGUUGGGUUGCGACCUCGAAAAGAUAAUUAUCUGAACACGGCGACUCCCAUGAGCUCAACUACAACCCUCGGUGAACGCUCUACCAGCCCUACUCCGAGCGUGCGGAGUGCGGUAUAUCGCGAAAACGGCCACAAUUCCCCGCAUGGCCAGCCCAACAAAAAGAAUUUUCUCAACAAGCUUCGGUAUCUCAAGCCAGGUUCUCAUAAGCCUCAUGAUAAGCCCAGACAGCCGCGUGAUGUUUCUCCAGGAAACAGAGGCCGACAAGGCAGCCUGGAAGGAAGCCCUGCUUCAAGGAAUGUGGACGUGACCGAUUCAGAUCGGAAGAAAGACACCGGCAAGGGCCUUGGUAUUAUGCGCAAAGGUCGAGGUCUUAGCAGCUUCGCUGGUGACCUCCAUACUCUGAAACAUAAUCACGGCCAUAAUGAAGAAGGCGAUCACGUUUGGAAGCUGGACACCAAUUUCAGAGAUAUGAAUGACAUUGUUCGCACGGCCGAUCCCAACCGCCAGAAAUCCGGAGGGGACGGGACAGGGACAGUUACUCCGGGUGAAAUUCCAAGCAAGCAGGAUGAGAGCUGGAAUGCCCCCGAGAGUUGGCAAGUCAAGAGGUUUGACGAUGAACUUGAUUUGGAGCACUCCGGGGCGGUGUCGCAACCCACCGCUGGGUUACGCGAUCGCGAUGGCACCUCAUACUUCAUACGAGUGUUUCGAAUCGAUUCAACAUUUGCAACCCUAUCCGCCGGCUUGAACGCCACCGUUGCCGAGAUUCUCCUCAUGCUCGGAAGGAAGUCCUUCUUACAGGACCACCUCAACAACUAUGAAAUUGUGCUGCGCAAGAACGAUCUUUCCCGGCAGCUUGACCACAAGGAACAGCCAAUCCUGAUGCAGAAGAAACUGCUUGAACAAGUUGGCUACACAGAAAAAGAUAGAAUCGAAGACAUUGGUCGUGAAGAUCACAGCUAUCUCUGUCGGUUCAUUUUUCUGCCAACGAAGUUGAGCGGCUACAGCAGUUUGGAAGGUGACCCGGGGUUCAACAAGAUGCAGAAGUUCAGCCAUGUUGACCUCCAGGGGCGCAGUCUUGUCACCAUCCCGAUUACCCUGUAUAAGAAAGCUUCGGAAAUCAUCUCCCUCAACUUGUCUCGGAAUCUGUCUCUGGAUGUGCCAAAGGAUUUUAUCCAAGGAUGUAUCAACUUGCGCGAGAUCAAGUUCAUCGGCAAUGAAGCCUUGCGUCUUCCGGCGAGCUUCAGCCUAGCUGGCCGGUUGACGUAUCUGGAUGUAUCCAAUAACAGCUUGGAACAGCUGGAUCACGCCAAUCUCGAUCGGCUGACUGGUCUCGUUAGCAUUAAGAUGGCCAACAACCGGCUAAAAAAGCUGCCAAGCUACUUUGGAAACUUCCAGUCUCUGAGGAGCUUGAACAUAUCGUCAAAUGGGUUCAAGGCCUUCCCUGAAUUCCUUUGCAAUUUGAGAAGCCUAGUUGAUCUCGACAUCAGCUUCAACACCAUCGAGACGCUCCCUAAUAUCGGCCGUCUACUCACUCUUGAACGGCUUUGGAUGACGAAUAACAACCUGAGCGGUUCUCUCGAUGAGUCCUUCCAAAAGCUUCUGCACCUCAAAGAGAUCGACGCACGUUUCAAUUCCAUCACCAACAUUGACAAUCUGUCCCGGCUUCCCCGGCUGGAGCAGUUGUUCUUUGGUCAUAAUCAGAUUUCGCGGUUCAAAGGUUCGUUUCCGAGACUGCGCGGCCUCCACUUGGAUCACUGCCUCUUGACGCAAUUUGACCUCGACGCUCCCAUGCCCACCCUGACUUCCCUCAAUCUUGCAUCCGACAAGCUUUCUCAAUUACGAGACGGCAUGUUUGAAAACCUGCCGAAUCUCACCAAGCUUAUCCUCGACAAAAAUCAUUUGUCAUCUGUUUCCCUGCAAAUCGGCAAACUGCGUCGACUGGAGUAUUUCAGCAUAAUCAAGAAUCCCCUGGCCUCGUUGCCUGCAACGAUCGGAUGUCUUGUCGAGCUCAAAUAUCUCAAUCUGCGGGAGUGCAAUCUGAAGGCUUUGCCAUCGGAGAUCUGGCAUUGUGCAAAGCUGGAAACUCUCAAUGUAUCCUCGAACGUUCUGUUCAGUUUCCCCAAGCAUGGUGCGUCUCUACCGCAGGUACCCGGCGAACCACCCACGACCCCUGUGACGACUCCUGGUGUUUCUGGAACACCCAAUUACGAAGACUGGACUGUGCCCGAUGACAACAACCUUCGCCGACCAAGCCACGCGUCCAGUGGUGGUCUGGGUUCUGCUACUUCCCCUCCCGAUCCCUCUCGGAGCACGCAAUCGAUGUCUCAGCAGAGCGGGAGGAAAGUCUCAAUGGCGUCGCGGUCGGGAGCCACCGAUGCAAGCGCAUCCACGCGGAAGGACUCAAAUUUCUCCCAGCAUGUGGCGACGACGUUUGCAGGGUCCCUCCGAAACCUGUAUCUUGCUGAUAACCGAUUGGAGGAUGAGGUUUUCCGCGAGCUAUCCUUGAUUCCAGAGCUGCGUGUGGUCAAUCUUUCGUACAACGAAUUGACCGAGCUUCCACAAGGACUCCUCAAACGGUGGCCUUUGCUCUCAGAGCUAUAUCUGUCUGGCAAUGAGCUGACUUCGCUCCCAUCGGAUGACCUGGAAGAGGGUAGCCAUCUCAGGGUCCUUCACAUCAAUGGCAACCGAUUCCAGGUCUUGCCUGCCGAGCUCUGCAAGGUCAGCAGGCUCUCCAUUCUCGACGUGGGCAGCAAUGGGUUGAAAUACAACGUCUCCAACUGGCCUUACGAUUGGAACUGGAACUGGAACCGCAAUCUGAAGUACCUGAACUUCUCGGGCAACAAGCGUCUAGAGAUCAAGCCUAAUAUUGCGUCUCUGGGUCAUUCAUCUACGAAUGGCGCUGACCUGACCGACUUCAAUUCGUUGACCCACCUCCGGAUCUUGGGUUUAAUGGACGUCACCUUGACUAUUCCUACCAUUCCGGAGGAGUCAGAGGACCGCCGUGUGCGAACGUCUGCCUCGCUUGCCGGCUCACUCGCCUAUGGUAUGGCCGAUACACUCGGCCGGACCGAGCACCUGUCCAUUAUUGAUAUGAUCGUUCCACGAUUGAAACCGGACAAUGUGGAAACCCUGGUCGGCAUGUUUGACGGCAAUACUCUGUCCAGUGGUGGCUCGCGAGUCGCCAAAUACCUGCACGAGAACUUCACCCCCACCUUCACUGUCGAGCUGAAGAGGCUUAAUCCAGAUCAGGGUGAUACGCCGCUCGACGCACUCCGUCGCGCAUUCCUCGCCUUGAAUAAGAAUAUGGCGGGUUCAGCUUACAGGUCUAUUGGUGACCGCGACCGCGAAGUUCGGCAGUUCCACCGCGGCUCUACGACUUCGAAGAUCAUCAACCCGGAUGACAUUCAGUCGGGUGGAGUCGCAACUGUCCUUUACUUGAAUAACAUGGAACUGUAUGCCGCGAACGUUGGCGAUGUCCAGGCUAUUCUUGUUCGGUCAGAUGGGUCACUGCGAUACUUGACAGAGACUCACGAUCCGGCGGAGGCCAACGAGCGCGCGCGCAUCCGUGCCGCUGGGGGAUUUGUGUCCCGCACCGGCAAGCUGAAUGACAUGCUCCCAGUGUCCCGAUGCUUCGGGCACUUCCCAAUGAUGCCGGCUGUGAUUGCUGCCCCUCACACCGCGCAUGUCACUUUGACAGAGCAGGACGAAAUGGUCGUUCUGGCUUCCAAAGAAUUGUGGGAUUACGUGACGCCCGAUGUGGUGGUUGAUAUCACCAGAGCCGAGCAUCCCGAUCUGAUGAUUGCCGCGCAAAAACUGCGCGAUCUAGCCAUUGCCUUUGGCGCCACGAACAAGCUGAUGGUCAUGAUUCUUGGAGUCAGCGAACUCAAAAAACGGCAGCCCAAGUUGUCUCGACCGAAUCUGCCCAUGGGUUCGUCUUCCUUUGCUGAAGAUCAGAUCAUCCCGAGCACAAAGCGUGCUAAGAAACCUCGUGACGGUCCUAUCGACUCUCGGCUGGCCCGCUUUGAUUAUGUGGAUGCCCCCAUUGGCGAACUGGCCAUCAUCUUCACGGACAUUAAGAAGUCUACGGGAUUGUGGGAGACGUGUCCAGAGGCAAUGCGUUCUGCCAUCCAGAUCCAUAAUGACACUCUGCGCCGGCAGCUGGGUAUCGUGGGUGGUUACGAGGUCAAGACAGAAGGUGACGCCUUUAUGGUGGCCUUCUCAACGACGACCGCUGCCUUGCUCUGGUGCUUCAACUGCCAGAACAAGCUUCUAGAGGCUGAGUGGCCCACAGAGAUCCUCGAGCAGCCACAAUGCCAGGUUGUCUGUGAUAUGGAGAACAACAUCGUCUUCCGCGGUCUGUCCGUUCGUAUGGGCGGUCAUUGGGGCGAGCCCGUCUGUGAACAGGAUCCGGUCACCAACCGUAUGGAUUACUUCGGUCCCAUGGUGAAUCGCGCGUCUCGGAUUUCUGCCGUCGCUGAUGGAGGGCAAAUCUUCGUCUCCUCGGACUUUAUGACUGACAUCCAGCGGAACCUCGAGAUCUUUGCCGACACUGAACGCGCGGCAUCUACCGGCUCUGACGAGAGUCACCCGCGCGGUGAUAGCCUCGGCCACAAUAUCCGUCGCGAGCUGCAGCAACUUAACAGCCAGGGAUUCGUCAUCAAGGACCAAGGCGAGCACAAGCUGAAGGGUCUGGAGAACCCGGAACCGCUGUAUCUGGUAUAUCCCCACGCGUUGGCCGGUCGACUGUCUACACUGGAAGAAGGCGUCGAGCCAGACAGGCACCCUGCCAAGCUCAGCAGGAACACGCAGCUCAAUAUCCAGACCGACCUUAUCUGGCAUCUCUGGGACAUCACCCUUCGUCUGGAACGGCUGUGCGGCGCGCUGGAGAAUCCUGUUAACCCGAAGCUCCGAGAGCCGAACGUGGCUUUGUUCAACAUGGUCAAAAAUCAUGGCGGUGAACUGAAUGAUUCAACGGUGAUCAGCCUGGUCGAUCAGCAGGUCACCCGCAUUGAGGUUAGUCGUCUCCCGUUUUAUUUUGUUUUCUACUAUUUCAUACUAAUCCAUUUCAUCAAAUAG